UCGUUCCGUAGACUAUACAUAGAGGGCUUAACUAGGUUCAGAGCGUGCCAAAGAUCGAAGUGACAGCUUGCAGCUAUAUUCCGUUCAUUGAGGUAAAGCGAAAUCAUCCAUCCCAGACCAACAUGUCAUCCGUCUUCAUAACUGGCUCCAACCGUGGGAUAGGCUUGGAGAUUGUAAAGCAGCUCCUUGCACAUGCCAACCCUCCAGCAAUCUUGUUCGCAACCUGCAGGAACCCAGACUCUGCCACAGAACUGCAAGCAAUUGCGAAGAAUCACUCAAAUUUAAAAAUUAUUAAGUUUGAUGUCCUUGACUGUGAGAGCUAUGAAGGCGUUUCCAAUAAAGUUCGCGAAAUUGUUGGUAAUAAAGGUUUAAAUGUCCUGAUCAAUAAUGCUGGUGUCAUGCUUGAUAGAAUAGACAAACUCUCGUCAGUCAAUGCUCAGCACAUGAUUGACGUUUAUCGCACCAAUACAGUUGCUCCAAUUCUUCUGAUUAAGGCAUUACGACCUCUACUGAAACAAGCAGCCGAGGUCAAUAAGUCCUCUCCAAUGGGAUGGUCACGUGCAGCCAUAAUAAACAUUUCUUCGGGACUUGGUUCCGUGUCUAACAACGAUUCCGUGUCUAACAGUACUUUUGGAGGAGUGUAUGCGUAUCGGGAAAGUAAGGCUGCGUUGAAUAUGGCAAGUCGUUCGAUAGCUUUUGAACUUGGACCGGAGAAUAUCCUAGUGUUAAGUUUGCAUCCAGGAUGGGUUCAGACAGACAUGGGGACAAGCGCUGCAGAUCUCAAGACUGAAGAUAGUGUGAGGAGCAUGCUGAAUGUGAUGUAUAAUCUCAAACCUGCAAACCACGACACAUUUGUUCAGUGGGAGGGCAAGACUCUGCCUUGGUAAUAUUACUGAUUGUGCUUCUGUAU